AUGGCAACUCAAUUCAAAGAGAACACAGUGAUUGUUGUGUUUGGUGCGUCUGGAGAUCUGGCGAAGAAGAAAACGUUCCCAGCACUAUUCGGUCUCUACAGAGAAGGAUAUCUGUCGUCCUCUACCAAGAUCUACGGGUAUGCCCGUUCACAGAUGACGUCUGAGGAGCUCCACGACAGAAUCAAGGGGCACUUCAAGACCACGACGGAGGAGUCAAAGCAGAAGGUUGAGGAGUUUUUGAAGUUGGUGUCGUACAUCUCUGGUCCGUACGACAAGGCUGAAGGGUUCAAGACGUUGAACGAGUCAAUUGAAGCGUUUGAGCAGGAGAGAGGCGUCAAGGAGCCUCACAGACUGUUCUACCUGGCGUUGCCACCUUCGGUGUUCAUCACAGUGGCCAAGGAGCUGAAGGAGAACGUGUACGCUUCUAACGGUAUAACGAGAAUCAUCGUGGAGAAGCCAUUUGGCAGAGACCUGGAAACUGCCACAGAGCUCCAGAAACAACUGUCGCCGUUGUUCACUGAGGAGGAGAUUUACAGAAUUGACCACUACUUGGGUAAGGAGCUGGUUAAGAACUUGUUCGUGCUAAGAUUUG